GCCGAGGCGCUGCGUGCUGACGUAGGGCGGUGCCUGUGAUGGCGGACAGUGGCGCUGGAGACUCACGGAGAGAGAGCGCGUCAGGCAGCAGCAACAGUAGAAGUGCUGGUGAGUCGUUGUCGGUGCUCACACUGCAGCCGUUUGUCCCGGCGCCCAGGAGUCUCCGGGCCCGCGUUGUACGCAAUCUCCGCCCGGUGUAAUAUGUUGGGGAGGGAGCCCCUGGAGCACGACAGCAGCGGGGACGAGCCGGGAGACUACGGUGAUAUUUAACAGGAACGCCACUCAGACCGCAGCCAGAGGGACGCGGCCAGCAUGAAGUUCGCCGAGCAUCUAUCCGCCCACAUCACCCCCGAGUGGAGGAAGCAGUACAUCCAGUAUGAGGCUUUCAAGGAGAUGCUCUAUGCAGCCCAGGAUCAGGCUCCCUCCACUGAAGUUACCGAUGAAGACACUGUAAAGCGAUACUACGCCAAAGUCGAAGAAAGGUUUUUCCAGGCCUGCGAGAAAGAGCUGGCAAAGAUCAAUACCUUCUAUUCAGAAAAGCUUGCUGAAGCCCAGCGCCGCUUUGCCACCCUCCAGAAUGAACUGCAAUCGGCACAGAGAGAGGGCACCAGUGUGCCGGGGCUCCGCCGGCGCCGCAAAACCGUCUUUCCCCUUUCCCACGAGGAGAGGGUCAAGUCCCGUAACAUCAAGGACCUGCAGCUGGCCUUCAGCGAGUUCUACCUCAGUCUUAUCCUUCUGCAGAACUAUCAGAAUCUUAACUUCACUGGCUUCCGCAAGAUCCUCAAGAAGCACGACAAGAUCCUGGAAACGUCCCGAGGGGCUGACUGGCGUGUGGCCCACGUGGAGACGGCCCCCUUCUACAUCUGCAAGAAGAUCAACCUGCUGAUCACAGAGACAGAGACGCUGGUCACCACAGAGCUGGAAGGAGGAGACCGCCAGAAGGCCAUGAAGAGACUGAGGGUGCCUCCACUUGGAGCAGCUCAGCCAGCUCCAGCUUGGACCACGUUCAGAGUGGGACUGUUCUGCGGCGUGUUCAUUGUCCUGACAGCUACGGUCAUUCUCACAGCCGUGGCCCUGAAAAGAGGUGGCAAUGUGUGGCCCCUCGUACGGAUUUAUCGCGGUGGAUUCCUGCUGAUAGAGUUCAUCUUUUUGCUGGGCAUCAACACGUACGGCUGGCGGCAGGCGGGCGUCAACCAUGUCCUGAUUUUUGAGCUGAACCCACGCAACAACCUGUCCCACCAGCACCUUUUUGAGAUUGCUGGUUUCCUUGGAGUCCUGUGGUGCCUGAGUAUCUUGUCCUGCCUCUAUGGACCCACCUUCAUGGUACCAAUGCAGGUCAACCCUCUCAUCCUUUAUGGAUUCAUGUUCCUUUUCCUGAUCAACCCAACCAAGACUUUCUACUACAAGUCCCGUUUCUGGCUGCUGAAGAUAUUGUUUCGUCUCUGCACCGCUCCAUUCCACAAAGUGGAGUUUGCCGAUUUCUGGCUGGCUGACCAACUCAACAGUAUGGUGACCGUCCUGAUGGACUUGGAGUACAUGAUCUGUUUCUACAGCUUUGAGCUUCAGUGGAGCGAGACCAACGGCCUCCUGCCGAACAAGAUUGAGCAACCCAUCUGCCACAGCUACUCGUACGGAGUGAGGGCCGUCGUCCAGUGCCUGCCAGCCUGGUUCCGCUUUGUCCAGUGCCUGCGACGUUACCGGGACUCCAGGCGAGCCUUCCCUCACCUGGUGAACGCUGGCAAAUACUCUACCACCUUCUUUGUGGUCACCUUUGCUGCCCUUUACAGCACUCACAAAGCCCGGAAGUACAGCGACGCCCAGAUCUUCCUGUACCUGUGGGUUGUUGCUGCGGUGACACAGUCGCUCUACACCCUCUUCUGGGACCUGAAGAUGGACUGGGGACUUUUUGACAAGAAUGCUGGGGAAAACACGUUCCUGAGAGAGGAAAUCGUCUACCCGCAGAAGGCUUACUACUACUGUGCCAUAAUUGAGGACAUCAUACUGCGCUUUGCCUGGACCGUCCAGAUCUCCAUCACUGCACUGAAUCCUUUCCCAUCAGGCUCUGACAUCAUUUCCACCGUUUUUGCACCUCUCGAGGUCUUCCGGCGCUUUGUGUGGAACUUCUUCCGACUGGAGAAUGAACAUCUCAACAACUGUGGUGAAUUUAGGGCUGUUCGAGAUAUCUCUGUGGCACCCCUCAACGCCGAUGACCAGACACUCCUAGAACAAAUGAUGGAUCAGGAGGACGGCGUCAAGAACCGAGUGAAAAGCAAGCCUUGGAAAAGAAGCCACAGCGUUUCCAUCCGUCGUCCAAGACUCCCGUCCCAGUCAAAGACUCGGGACACCAAGGUGCUGAUUGAUGACACAGACGACGAAGCAGCCUACACCUGAGAGGUGGCCGGCAGGAAUGGAGUCAGACACGUCCUUCCAUCAUUUCAAUCCGAUCAGUCAGUCCAAUCAGUCCAGGAGCUGCUUCAGCUCAACUCGCCUACAGACUCGAAAACCGUUCCUCUCCUUGGGCUUUCUCUUCAUUAUUUUUAUAUCUCCAUUCGACUUGUUCAUGUCACUAAUCAGCUGCAAAACAGGAUAAAAAACACAAGACUGUUUACAAAUUAACGUAUAUCAGGGUCAAGCGAAACAAACUGACGGCUAGAGAAAAAGACGAUUAACAUGAGACAACCUCAGAAGUUCAGCUUGGGCCGGUUUCAGCUGCUUCAAACCGGUUUGGUCUUUUUUUUGUUGUCGUUUUUGUUUUUUUUUUGUUCUUCCUCCCUUCAUGCUUUAUGAUUUACGUCAGUAGUCAGUCACGUCAUCAAGCGACCCUCGGUGCACUUGCCGGAAGAGUGCACUCCUUCACGUACGGCGUACGAGCUCAAGAAAAUGGAAAACGAAAUCAGCGUACUUAAUUUGUGAACUUUUUUUUUUUGUUUGUUUUUUAAUUUUUUUUUUUUUUUUAAUGUUUUCUGAUGUCGAAAUAUUUUUCAUAUUAUUUAUGACGAAAGGAAAAAAAACAAAAGUCUCGAGUCAUGUGCAAUGAUGUGAUUAUAGUGUUAUAAACUGAUGAGAGGUUUGAUUUGCAAUGUUGUUGUACGCUCGGCCGUUUAAAAGCCUUGCGGUGGCAUCCAGACUGAUUGGCCGAAGCAUCGCUCGACUGGGCAGCGCUUACCCAUCCCGGAGUCCCCGGGGACACACUUUUGUGCCCCUUGCUCCACAAGCCAAAGUGACUUUUUUUUUUUUUUUUGGUAGGUGACACGUCCCACGCCUGUCACCGGUUGCAUUUGCCUGCCUUGUUGUAGAACUCGUCCGACUGCACCCCACCCCAGAGAGAUUUUGAUUGGGGUGUUCUGGACGGGACUAAACCUCAAGAAUCUUUUGUUUUUAUUGCCUUGUUGUUUUUUUUUUUUUUGAAAUGUGCCACAAUGCCACCCAAAGGGUUUUAAACAGGUUUUUGGGGGGUGUCUGCCAGUAUUACAAGUUUUAGCGUUAAGCCUGUCGGUCGACUGCCUGUGGUCUGCAUGCCAGAGCACAAAGCCAAGCAUGCUGUUUUGGCACAAAGUUGUAUUUCUUUUUAAGUUCGUGUUGGGCACGCGCUGCCACUUCAAAUUAAACCAGCGGUUCCCAGUGGCGGCGUCUCUGCUGCCAUGCUGGCCACCUGCUGUGACACUGAGACGCUCCCACAGUCUCCUACACACCUGAUGGAUAUUUGUGUCCAACGUGAGCAGCCGCCGCUGCCACCCCCCCACACACCCCCGCUUUAUGUCACAAACACCGUGUGACAUCACGGCGCCUGUGCAGUGCCUUACAGCUUCGGAAAGGUGACUGAAAUAAAGCCAUAAUCGACGUGUGCCCCCCCCCAUGGCGACAGCAGCGUGCAAUACUCGUCCGUCACAAAGCCUUACAAGAACGUCAAAGUGGGAAACGCGGGUUGGAGGGGAGUGUGACGUAACGACGGCUGGCGUGGCCCCCUCAGCCAAUCACUCGCCUACAAAGCCUUUUGGUUUUUUUGCUCUCGGUGCUAUAGGACAACAAGCGAGGGUGCCAGCUGUGGGUCCGUCUACACGCCUCCCCCCCACCUUUUGACCCUAAAAAUGGGGAGGGGGGGUAAGGGGGUUCAAGUAGCUUUACUAAGAAAAUUGAGAAGAAACAUUCCAGAUGUUCACAUCCUUCCACCUUCCUCCCUUUGUUGUUUUUGUUGUUUUUCCUUUUCCUCUUAUGCCGGUACCAACAUUGUGGAGAGCUGGCAUCGGUCUCCUUAGGAGUGUCUGCCCUGGCCUUGACCUUUCUGACGUUACCUAAGCUGGAACCAGAAACCGUCCAACCUGCGAGCACAAUCUUCAGGGCCCGGGGGGGGGGUCUCGGCGCUUGUCGUCCCACCCCGGGACUUUACUGUCUUCACCGUCUCUCUCUCUCUCUCUCUCUCUCUUUGAGCUUUCUGUGUCCGCUCCAGCGUGAUUGGUGGUGUCUGUGUGUUUGUGGGUGGGGCACAGCAGUGGCUCCUCCUUCCCUACCGACAAGGUGCGCCAAAAAGAUGUCGGGGACACUGGGAAAUGUCCCUGACGACGGUCGAGUCGCGCCUGACGGUGACGGGAAACGGGCAGCCGGCGCUCUUCGGUUAUUUGAUUUGCCUGCCAAUGUCUCGCCAACGCACUGCACAGCUUUGUUUUUAUUUGUGUGUUUAUUUAAUAUUUUCGUAGGGGGCACCACCCCCCUCUCCACUCUGGGAAAGGGGGUGAUAGGAGCGGGUGCUGCUCGAGGGGUGUAGUGGGUGGUCUCUCUACAGCUGGCAAGGGUGACGUGGUUUAUUUUGGGGGGGGGGGGUGACUAGGUGGUACUGCAGAUUCUUUGCUUGCUUUGCCCAUGAUGGCUGCCUGCUCUCUCUCUCUCUCUCUUGCCCUUUCUCUUCCUCUCCAUGUGUCGUAUUCUCUUCCUUUCUGAAUAGAUGAUGCACAAGCGUGACAAAAUGUCCGUAGCUUAUAGAUGGUUGUAUCUAAAACGAAUUAAAAAAUAAAAAAAAAGUAUGUGGUUCUGUGUAUUAAAAAAGAAAAAAAAAAAAAAUAGAAAAAUGGCAGAAGCCAACGUGUUAGCGGCCCUCCUUCCAGGUUAGUUUGUGAAUGUCGAGUGUCCUCGCGCUGUGAUAUGAUGGUUUUACUGAUGGUCUCAUUUGUAUUCCUGUACACACUGGUGAUCCUGUUCUUACUGGGUUUUAUAAACCACGCUUAUUUUUAAAAGUG